UGCGAUGAAGGCAAACCACAGUGUAAAAGGUGUAGUUCAUUCGGGGUGUUAUGCAACUUCAUGUCGAACGGCCCCGAUCUCCAACCUGUUGCUCCUCGCACGGACUCAAUGAUGAUCCUGGGGGAACCAAAGCUUCAUCCCUCGCUCACUAAUGCCGUCUGGGCAUCAGAUGCAUCAACAUUCUAUCAAUUAAACACGAAGUGUCAGGACUUUGUGACCCGGUAUUUCGAACGGAGUCUCCUCGUCCCGGACGACCCUAAUAUGAUAGAAGUUAACAGGAAGCUCCUGGAAUUAGCCUUCGCUUACCCUAUCUUAAUGCAUGCAUCUCUAGCUGUGGCACUUACCUAUGACCGUCAUCUGAAUGGUCCUUUAGGCGGUCGUCGCACUCUGGAAGAGUGUUAUCACUGGUCUCAGAGCACAAUUCUCCUAAACAAGCGGCUGAAGAAACCGAUUGAAACAAAAGACAAGGAUCCGAUCUGGGCUACUGCGGCUGCUCUGGUCAUCUUGACCUUUUCGUCGCCUGAGGCAUGCACCCCAGACCAAGCGUGGCCUCUAAAAUCCGACUCCUCUGACUUGGACUGGCUGCAUAUGAGCAGAGGGAAAAUGUCAUUGUGGCACACAAUUAACCCGCUGCGACCAGAUAGUCUUUUUAACGUCAUGGCAGCGACCUUUGCCCAGAUGCUUUCCCCAUUGCCAGAGAAAGGCAUAGAGGGUAUAGUAAGGCCCUUGGCUGACGUGUGUAAUCUCAAUGGCUCGUCUACAAUCAAAAGUAACCCGUACUUCCAUGCCGCACAUACGUUAUCCCAGAUCUUGGAGCUCGCGAAUAAUGAGAUCACAACAGGCCAGGCCCAACUCUUCAUGCGGAGUAUCGACGGUCCUUUUGAAGACUUGCUUCGGAAAAGGGAUCCUGUGGCGCUAUUGCUACUGUACCUAUGGUACCACAAAACAAGUCGCAGUAUAUGGUGGGUUGAACUAAGGGCUAGGGUGGAAUGCCCUUCUAUAUGCCUAUACCUGCGAAGAUACCAUAAAGAUAAUCCUGCUGUGCAGGCAUUCCUGCCGGGUGGAGCUCUCGCCGGUAGGUGGGAUCAGUUGGAUUUUCCGAAGAAACAGGUCGAAGACAGUAGGUUUCCUUCGCCAGUAACAGUCUGCAGCCCCAAAGCCCUCGCUAAUAAAGCCAUAUUCCAGAGGAUAACUUAA